AUGCCGCACGUGCGCGCGUUUGCGGAGAUGCUGAAACGGCAACAGCGGCGAGUGGCGCGGGAUAUGGGGAUCGGCGCGAGUCGCCUCUUGUACAGCUACACGCACGUGGCGAACGGGUUCGCGGCGGAGCUGACGGCGGGGGAGGCGCGGCGGAUGCGGCGACACCCCGCCGUGGGCAGCGUGACGCGCAGCGGGCGCUUCCGCCUGCUCACGACCGCGUCGCCCGCGUUCCUGCAGCUGCCGCCGUCGCUGUGGGCGGCGGCGGGCGGGCAGAGCAGCGCGGGCGAGGACGUGGUGGUGGGCGUCGUGGACACCGGCAUCUGGCCCGAACACAAGUCCUUCGCUAACGACUCUUCCUCCGCGUCUUUCCUCUACGACAGUGCGCCGGCGGGGUGGCAGGGGUCGUGUCGGAAGAGCGCGGACUUCCCCGCGUCCGCGUGCAACGGCAAGAUCGUGGGCGCGCAAGUGUUCUACUCGGGCUUCAAGCGCGACUCGCGCGACCGCAUGGACUUCACAAAGGACUGGCUCUCGCCGCGCGACGCCGACGGCCACGGCACGUGGUGCUCGGGCUCGGCAACGGGGAACGGCAACGUGCAGACGCAGACGCUGGGCCCGAUCAGCGGCAUGGCGCCGCGCGCGCGCUUGGCAGUGUACAAGGUGUUUUGGAAGCAGCGCGGCGGGUACAUGUACGCCACGUACGCGGACAUCUUUGCCGCCGUCAACCGCGCCGUGGCGGACGGCGUGGACGUGCUGAGCCUGUCGCUGGGCGGGUCCGACAGCUCCGCAACCUACUUUGACGACUCCACCUUCAUCAACGUCCAUGCGGCGGGUGUAGUGGUGGCUUUUGCGGCGGGCAACGCGGGUAGCCCGUGGCGAGUGGGCAUGGGUUACCGUACUCUGGAUAACUUUUCCCCGUGGUACAUCACGGUUGGCGCCAG